UCUGCUGCGUGACGCGUCUCCUGCGUGCAUGCGUCGUGUUGACCGUCUGUCCGUCAAGGUGGAAAGAGAGAGAUUACAAUUCAUUAUCACGGAUGUAAACAAUGAGCGAGCUCGAUCGCGAUAUGAAUGAAACGGAUUUAUCCGGACGUUAUGAUACCAGGGUCGAGCGAGCCGAGCGAGCGGCCGAACGAUCGCGAACGGGGGAUUAUCUCGCGAUUCCGAGCGUUUUGGAGCAGCGGCGCGUUUGACAUUGAAUGAUCGGAACAACAAAGGAGCACACGCGGGCGGCGCAAAAACCGCUUUGUUGUGGUUAUUUUUACAUCGGGGAAUUUAAUAUACAUACUUUUGCGUGCAACACUCUUAAAAUAGAGCCGCGAUCGCGGCGUGGCGUUGUAUCUUCCGCGCUCUGCCAAAGAGCGAGGACCAUGUGUUUUGAGGUUACCAGAAUCCCGAGUGAUUUCGGUUUGAGUCUCGAAUAUUCUCGUAUAAAUAAUUGUUAAGAUUUUUCGUUGCAAUCCCCGAAAGAGAAAGAGAGAGAGAGAAGGAGAGACAAGAGAGUGAAAAAGGGACAGGGAGAAAUGGACACUGCGUGCGAAAUAGACGACAUUCAGCAGUCGUUGAUCAAGCGAAUUUAUUAUCUGGCACGAGACGGAAUGGGGAUGGCACUUUACACUCUGCUGAGCGACAAAUCCGAAACGGACGUGAAUUAUCUGAUUAAUCAGAAAGUUCUUGAAGAUAAUGGACAAAGGUGUACGCCCUUGAUAGUGGCUGCGCGUUACGGACACAACAAAGUGGUCAGAAUGUUGCUCGACAAAUUUAAACCUGAUUUAGAACAAGAAGGAACUGUCAAAUUUAAUGAACUUGUUAUUGAAAGAGCCAGUGCGCUUUGGGCCGCAGCUGGAGCGGGACAUUUGAAUGUUCUCAAAACUCUGGUGAGAGCCGGAGCAAAUGUGAAUCAUCAAACAAAAACUGAUUCCACUCCUCUCCGAGCGGCGUGUUUCAGUGGACGUUUAGAUAUUGUUAAAUAUUUGACCGAUCAUCAGGCAGAUAUAAAUAUUCCCAACAUGUUCAACAACACUUGUCUCAUGAUAGCAGCGUACAAAGGAUAUCCUGAUAUUGUGAAAUUUCUCUUGGACAAAGGUGCGGAUCCUAACAAGAAAGCGUAUUGUGGAGCAACGGCGCUGCACUUCGCGGCGGAAUCUGGCCACACCAUCAUCGUUAGCGACUUGUUAAAGUACGGAGCAAAAAUGACGAAGAACGCUAGCGGCAUGACACCUUUAAUAACGGCCGCCGAGCGAACGCGAGGAAAAGUUGUUGAUUGGCUGUGUUCACAAAAAAUGUGCAAAGUGAUGAGGGAAGAGAUGAUAGACGCUUACGAGUUGCUCGGAGCGUCUUACGCCAAUGACAAAGAUAACUAUUGCCUGACCAAGGCGUACAAGUACCUGCAUCUAGCAAUGAAAUUAAGGUAUAGUGAUACUAAUAAUAUUAUACAUAAGAAAUUAGGUUCACCUAUAAAGGCGUACGAAAACUGGAGAGAGUGCGAAACGCUAGAAAGAUUAGAAAGCAUCAAAAACAAUCCCAAUGCGAUACACAUGGAGUCACUCGCUAUUCGAGAGAGAAUAUUAGGUACUCAUAAUCCGGAACUGCCACAUCCCAUAGUAUUCAGAGGCGCUAUAUUCGCGGAUUACGCCAGAUUCGACAGGUGUAUAGAUCUGUGGCUGCACGCUCUGCAAUUGCGACAACUCAACAACGUGUCCAUCUCGACGGAUCUUCUACGAUUUGCGCAGGUUUUCUCGCAGAUGAUACACGUGGGCGUCGGUCUGGAUCUUUCGCAGGUGAUAAACGUGUUGGACGCGAGUGUUAUGGAGCUAAGCAGAAACAAGGCUAAGAUUCAAAAUCCGAGUCCCAAAGACGACGUUGAACGAUGCGUUGAAGAAAUGGAAUCGAACAUCACAACGACUCUGUACAUUCUGACGAUUCUAACGAAACUGAUGACGCUGAACGGGAACAGAGGCAAUGAGGAAGAGUUGUCGCGAGCGCAUCAACUUGUGCACAAAUUGUGCGCGUUGAAAGUGUGCUUGAAGGACGGCCAGACUCUGUUGCACCUCGCGGUGAACUCUGAAACUCCAGUCGACGAUUUUCACACUAACGAUGUCUGCAAGUUCCCAUGCGCAGCUACGGCAAAAUUAUUAAUUCGCUGCGGCGCCGAUGUAAACGCGAUGGAUAACAAAAGAAACACACCGCUUCACAUCAUUGUUGGUUACGGCAAACCGAUCAGCGACUUCGCGACUUUGCACGCAAUCAUAAUGAAUCUCAUAGAAGCGGGAGCGCACAUGGAUACUGUAAAUAACAAGGGACGCACUCCGUACGAGACGGGUACUACGACAGGUGUAGCCAAAAUAAUAUUGCGAACUCAGACAAAAUUGUCAUUAACGUGUAUGGCGGCCAAAGUGAUCAAGACCUACAACCUGCCUUACUCCGGUCACGUUCCGCGCUCGCUCGAGAGCUUUAUAGAACUGCACGGGCCCGGAUUGUAUCAGAGUUGACGUUACUGCGACAUUCUCGACUCGUCGCGUAUAAAUAUGAUACGAACGUUAUAACAUCACGCAUAGAAAUCGCAACGAGAUCGACGAAUAAUCCACAUUUUGACAAUAUAUACUCUUCCGAAUGUCGCGCGCACUGAUUUUUACUGCGCGAGAUACGCUAAUCAUUGUCAAAAAAAAAAUAUCUCUGUUCAGUGAAAAAAAAACAAACUAUUUGAAUGAUUACGAGGCUAUUUUAUAAUUCUCUCAGUUUUCGUUAUUGAGAAGUUUUUGCUACUUAUAAAUGUAAUUACUGUGAUAAAUAAAAAAAAAAAAAAACAAUUCAGACUAAAAUAAAGUUUGUAGACUUUUAGGGCGAAGAAGUGUAUAGUGUGGAGAGUUUAAACUUUUAGAUAUAAUAUAUAUAUAUAAUACACAUAUAUAUAUAUACGCUCUCGUGAUGCUAUAAUAGAUUUAUUUAAUAUUUACACACGCAUAUAUUCUGUAUACAAUCGUAGAACGCUAACGAAGUAAUGGUAAAACAUAUAAUAAGUAAGAAUAUACAAAUAUUACGCACAAAUACUUUACAACAACGUAUUAAUUACGUAUUAUUUACAUGUUUACAGACUCGGCUUUUAUCAUCCGCUCUUUAUUUUACACAUUUUACAACGGCGCUCGCUUAUCGAUAACACUUCUGUACAAAUAUACACGUGUGUUCGAAAAUCGUUUGGCAAAGAGAAAAGAAGAGUAAAAAAUAAAUAGUAAUCCUUAUAAGCAGGUACAAUUUUAUUCGUGGCGUCAGAAAUUUUUUUUUCUUUUUUUUCACGUAGAUACACAUUCGCUCUCUGUAUUUAUUUUAUCGGAGAAAAACCGAAUGCACACUUUUUCUUCGUAGUUCCGUGUUAUUAGGGUGCGACGUAUCAACG